AUGCUUGACCUCAAAGGGAAAGUCGCACUUAUCAUUGGACUCGGCCAAACUGGGACAGAAGGAUGGGGCAUCGGAGCUGCAUGUGCGGUCCUCUUCUCGCGGCAAGGUGCCCUCAUCUUUGGCGGGAACCGCACCCUCGCAUCCACUACCAAAACAACCCAAACAAUACACUCCGAAGGCGGAACCUGCGACAUCAUUCCCACAGACGCGACAGACUCACCAUCCGUCAAAGCCCUAGUAGACGCUUGUCUAGCAAAGCAUGGCCGCAUCGACAUCCUCCUCUGCAACGUCGGUGUUUCGGCACCCGGAAACCCAGCCACAAUGGCCGAAGAAAUCUGGGACGCACAGAUGGACAUCAACUUGAAAAGCGUCUAUCUAGCAUGCCACCAUGUCCUACCCGUCAUGGAGGCGCAACCCACCGGCGGCGCCAUCGUCUGCGUCUCCAGCAUCGCAGGCAUGCGAUACAUCGGCAAGCCGCAGAUUGCUUACAACACUGCCAAAGCGGCGAUUCUCCAGUUCGUCAAGGCGACGGCAGUUAUGUACGCCGAUAAGAAUGUGAGGUUGAAUACUGUGGUUCCUGGGUUGAUGGAUACACCGUAUACCAAGGGUCUGGCGGACCGGUACGGGAAGGAUUAUCAGGAGUUCAAGGAAGGGAGGGAUCGACAGGUGCCAAUGGGGAGAAUGGGGGAUGCGUGGGAUGUGGCGAAUGCGGCGUUGUUCUUGGUGAGUGAUGAGAGUAAGUAUGUUACUGGGCAGAAGAUUGUGGUUGAUGGAGGGAUCACGGGAAGCACCGGGAGGACGUGA